AUCAAUAUUUGAUACACGCUUGUUAUUCAUUUUACAAUUAGAAAAAAAUCUUUGACAUUAGAGAUUUAUUAGUAGUUCUGAAAUGACAAGAGACAACAUGUUCAUGUGCUAAAUUUUGAGUCCGGAUUUAGCCUUCUAUAUAAUCAGAGGACAAGCACAAGACAUGGCUUUAAUUAGCCAAAAUGCUUCUCAGCAUGUUUCUUUCAUGAUACGUGCUUAUAGAAGCAUGGUAAAUCUUAGUUCAACUUUAAAAUGUUUAACCAGAGACAAUAAAUGUAUGCACACUUUAUACCGCAACAAUUACCCUCUCAAGAAGACACACAUCUUGGUACCUUACACCUGUAGAAAUUACCAUGCAGUUAUCUUGUACCCACCUAACUCUAUAGCAGGAUGUCCAGUCCGCCACCAUGGAGACACAGGAAAUAGCUACAGUCUAAGUAAAAAGCAAGCAGAUGAAAAGAAAUUUACUGAAGAGCUUAGAUGCCUCCAUUCUUGCAACCAAGUAUUUAAACUGUUGGAGUCUCUGGAACUUAUAACUGAUACUUUGGCUGCAGCAGCCAUGCUUAGGAUUGCACAGAUUGGAAAUAAAGAUGGUGUUCUCGUCAAUCCCAGUGAUAUUUUUGAAAACAUGAUAUUUAAAGCAAUCUGUUUACAAUUUGAGCUGGAGUCCCAGAAACUGUCCACAAGUGGCCUAGUAAAUGCCUUAAAAGCCUUUGUACAACUGCGAGUAGAUCCAUGGAGCACUUUAAUGGUACGUUUGUUGUCUGAAAGUCAAGAACGUCUUGACAAUGGACAGAUGACCAUACAAAACCUUUGCAUUUUGGGAGAAAGCUUGUUAGAAAUAGAAGGGCCUAAUUCUGCUAUGUUACAGACAGUUGUGGAACAGGUGAAAAGUAAGAAGGUUGGAGAUUGGACCUAUGAAGAAAUGGCGAUGGUUUAUUGUUUACUCCAAGCUGGUUUAGGUGAAGGAGGACAUUACCAAGGGUUGUUAAAUCAAAUGCAUGAAACUACAGUAUCUAUGAUCUCACAAUUAAACCCAAAGUUAAUAAGUUCUAUACUCCAUUCAUUGGUGGCUCUCAAACAGACACAAGCGCUUCCACUUGUUAUAAAGCUAUGCAAACAUUCUAUACGUUACAUACCGCAAUUCACAGAGGAAGAGCUUGUAAAGGUUUUAGUCGCCUUCACAUACUUUGAACACACAGACCGUUAUUUUAUUGAAGCCUUAGAGAGACAUGUUCCAAAUACAGCCUUUACUGUGUCUCCAGAAGUGGUUAGCGGAGUCAUGCGCUAUUGUAGUAAGAGACUCAUUCUUUCUAAACCCAUAUUUGAUGCAGUUGCAGAGAGCUUUGUGUAUAAUUCAGAAAAGUUCACCACCCAGCAAAUUGCGCAGCAAGUUAUACCAUUUGGAAAGCUGAAUUACCUACCACCAAAUGAUGCUGCGUUAUUUCGAAAACUUGAGAAAAUUUUGAGCAGCCGCUUUUCUCAGUUCCAGCCACGUACUCUACUUAACCUUCUCCACUCAUGCACGCUUCUAGAACGGUUCCCUGUUAAUUUUGUUGCAAAGAUCUUCAGUCCCUAUUUUCUACAACAGCUGCAAGCUCAAACAGGCAAUUUGGAUAAAUUUGUGUUAUCGCAGCUGACCCAGUUAUUCCUUACCGUUACCUUGGAGUGCCCUUUUUAUGAGGGUCCAAAGCUACUUCCUAAGUACAGAGUGAAGUCUUUUUCUGCACCUGGCCAUUCACUGGAAACCAUGGUUGAUGUACAUCUAUAUAACAGAGUAAAGUCUGGGCUUACUGAUCUUCUUGGUGCAAGAAUGUACUUUGCUUCCAAUGUACUGACUCCUUACUGCUACACAAUAGAUGUAGAAAUCCGAUUGGAUGAAGAUGGAUUUGUGUUGCCAGCUUCCCACCAUGAAGAAGUUUCUAAAAGGAUAGCAGUCUGCAUUCAUGGUCCAAAGAGAUUUUGCUUCAAUACCCAUCAUCUAAUUGGAAAAGAAUCUAUCAAACAAAGACACCUAAAUUUGCUUGGUUAUGAGGUUGUACAGGAAGAAAAUGUCUCUACCUAUGACUCAAUUUUCAAGAGGCCUCAGGGUUACAAUGAAAAACUUCACAGAGAUGACAGGCAGCAUGGAAAGCAUAAUGGACUAAAUAUUCAUGAAGAGGAGCUGUCAAGACCAGUAGCAGUGUUGAGCUCUUCAGAAUAUGGAAGACAUUUAAAUCAUCACGUAGACAAAAUGAACAGGGACCAUGUUAGAAUUGGAGUGGUGCGUGUUGAUUUAUACCGCAAAAAUGGAAUAUGCAAAUCAGUUGAGGAAGGGUACGGAAGUGUAACGCCUUCCUAAAACUCUUCAUCUAAUCUGAUAAUAAACCAGAAUCAUGGAACAGCACUCCAUUUCUAAUGGAUAGUUAAUGGAGAACACCUAAAUAAACGCUGUCAUGCUAAAUGUACCAAAUAUUUCUUUUACUGCUACUUUGUUCAUAAUAAAUAAUUGACACGCAGCAGUGAAACAAAUGGUUUUGGAAUAAAUAUUUUGAUAUUUUUUUUUUCUGAA